ACCCACAUGGCGCAUAUCUCUUUCACUCCCCUGCUCCACUCACUUCACAAUAUAUAAAAAACUUACAGAGCAAAAAGACACACACAGCAUUCAAUGUUUGGUUCCAUGCAAUGGCGAUUUCAGGUUCAGACACUCAAAACCCAACAAGCAAACUGAGUACCCCCCUCGAGACUCACUGCGUUAAAUGCGACUCUUGUGGCUUCACCGAGGAAUGCACCGUUGCUUAUAUCAUGCGUGUCCGUGAACGUUACCAGGGCCGUUGGAUUUGCGGGCUCUGCAUCGAGGCGGUCAAAGAUGAGGUUUUGAGAUCCGUAACGCUUAUCUCCACCGAGGAAGCAUUGGAUCGUCACAUCAGUUUCUGUAACAAGUUCAGGGCGUGGAGUCCUUCAGAUGAAACGGAGCACCCCAUUUUUGCCAUGGGAAGAGUUCUUCGACGAAGCUUGGAUUCGCCCAGACCUCUUAGGACUAAAUCAAGUAGCGUAUUGCCCGGACUUGAAGGAGUCAAACGCCCUUCUCUUCUUCGAUCCGAUAGUUGUUUCUCAGCUCUUUCUAUCUAAAUCUCAACAAAAGGUAAAUGUAUCAGGAAAAAACCAAAAAAGAAGAAACCUAUCCGAUUGAUUAUUACAUAUAUAAAGGGUCUUUAUGGCUCAAAUGUUUGGGUAUAUGAAAUUUAAUCUAUCUUAUGGUGUUUUGAGUGUGUGUA